AGGCCAGCUGCACGCCGGCGGCCGCGAUGGCGGACGUAUCGGAGAGGACGCUGCAGGUGUCGGUGCUCGUGGCUUUCGCCUCCGGAGUGCUCGUGGGCUGGCAGGCGAACCGGCUGCGGAGGCGCUACCUGGACUGGAGGAAGCGGAGGCUGCAGGACAAGCUGGCGACGACGCAGAAGAAGCUGGACCUGGCCUGAGCGGCCACCCGCCCGGCCGCGCGCUCCCCCGCGGAGCCGGCCCCUCCCCGGCGCCGCUUGCUGAAGAUGGAUGUAGACUACUGGAAAUAAUUUCUUCUUGCACUUUAUGAAAUCUAUUUUUUAAAUUAAAAAAAAUCUUUAAACAUA